AGCCCAGGGUCCUGAGUCGGAAAAGAUCUGACGUUUCCUUAAUCAAACGGUACCAUUAAGAUUCUGCUGCUUGAUUUGCAGGCGAAAACAGUGUCAGAACAAGGUUCAUAUCGUCUUUUGUCUCUUUCCUCACGUUGGGCUACGAUGCUGUCGAUCUUCAAAUCCAUUCCGACUCAUAUGGACUACAAAGGUCAGAAGCUGGCAGAGCAGAUCUUCCAAGGAAUCAUACUCGUUUCUGCGGUUAUUGGAUUCAUUUACGGUCUCAUCGUUGAGCAGUUUGGUUGGACGGUUUACAUAGUAUUGGGAGGGUUUGCCAUUUCCUGUUUGCUCACUCUACCCCCCUGGCCCAUGUACCGGAGACACCCUUUGACCUGGCAGCCAGCUGUACCAGAGUCACAGGGUGAUGUGCGGGACAAACCUCAGGAGAACGUGAAGAAACCAAGGAAACACAAGUGAAACAUGUUGUAUCUGUACACGAACUGCUUUGAUUCACUUAAAAAGGUCCUUUUUUUAAAAAAAAAAAUGCGAGAUUUCAGAUGGCUUCCUGUGUCUCACCAACUAAUAAACAUUUGAUUUGUAGGAAAAA